AGGAGCAGACGGUCCGGUGCGCGUCUGCGGGAGGUGGAGCUCAGCCCUUCCCUCCCUCUCUCUGCGUCUUCAGUGUGUCUGCGGGUUCCGCAGCAGAAACACCUGCGAUGCUGCCGGAUGAGUCUCCUCUCCCUCCUCUCCCUCCUCUCCCUCCUCUGCCGUCCCGGGGAAACGCGCGCCGGCGCUCUCAGAUGUGAGUGCGCCCGUGCGUAAAAGUCCGGCUCCGUGCGCGCCGCAACGCCAUGGCUUAUCCUCAGGGUUUCCUCUUCCAGCCGUCCGUGUCCCUGGCCCUGCACCCGUCCUUCAGCUCCGGGGUCAUCCUGGGACCCAGGACGGAGGAGAUCGGCCGCUCGUCCUCGGGCUCCGCCUUCGCCCCGUACUCCGGCUCCGCGGCGUCCCCGGGAUUCAGCCCGCACCUCCCGUACGGAGCGGAGCCCCGCGCCGCCGCGGCCAUCAGCUCCUUCGUGAGUCCAGGCUACGAUCCAUCCUCGGGCAUCACUGGACCCUUGGACUACCAUCCGUUCGGACCCCUUGGGCCCUACCCUUAUGGAGACCCCGCCUACAGGAAAAACGCCACGCGGGACGCCACGGCCACCCUGAAGGCCUGGCUGAACGAGCAUCGGAAGAACCCGUACCCCACCAAGGGGGAGAAGAUCAUGCUGGCCAUCAUCACCAAGAUGACUCUGACUCAGGUGUCCACCUGGUUCGCCAACGCCCGCCGGAGGCUGAAGAAGGAGAACAAGAUGACGUGGACUCCCCGCAACCGGAGCGAGGACGAGGAGGAGGAAGACAACAUUGACCUAGAGCGCAAUGACGACGAUGAGGAGAUGAUGAAGGUGAAUAACGAGGAGACAGAGCUGAGCAACGAUGAUGAUGCCCGCCGGGCCUCGGUCUCAGACUCUUGCGGGGUGAUGUUCAGAGACAGCGCCAGCAGCGACACAGAUCAAGGAUUCACCGAUCCAGACUUCAGGGACCGCCGGCCGCCCUGUCUGGGCCCCAUCACGGUGUCAGAGGCUCCUCCUCAAAGCACAUCCCUGGAGACUCUCAAAGCAUCAGAGCCAGACCACACAUUAUCGUCAAGCGCACCAUCUAAAGAACAUGUGAACUCCUGUAGCACCACCCAGGGGCCAAAUGUGGCCCCUAAACCCAAACUUUGGUCGCUGGCAGAGAUUGCCACAUCGUCGGACAAAAAUAAAGGAUGCAACGAGGCAGGGCGGACCCUGUUCUCUCACAGCCCUGCCCUGCCCCGACACAUCUACUACACCACCCCCUUCAUCCCCGGAUACUCCAACUACGGCCCCCUGGGGCCCCUGCACGCCAGUGCCGGCUCGCGUUUGAACGGAUUACAUCAGAAGAUGCUGCAAAGGGCCGAGGCUGCAGCCAGAGACUGCAGACUGCGCAGCCAGAGCCAGCAGGAGCUGCACGAGUUUAAGAGAGGAAUGACGAACGUGUAGUGUUGCCGCCACAUGAGGCUUUUAUUCGCUGAAAAACCGUUGGCUGCCGAUUCUACUGGAUUUUAGAGAAACUACGGAACUCAGACUUAUUUGGAAAUGCAAAUAUUCCAUUUCUGACUGUUUUCUAUGUUGAUAAGAUGUAAUCUUUGUAGUGCAUUUCUGCACC